UACACUUUAAGCUCAUCUUUAGUUAGGUUUUCAAAAGAAUUUAAGAUGAGUAAAGAAAUAUGCAGUUGGGGAAUGACAAAAGAAGGAUGGAGAAAGGGACCUUGGACUGCUGAAGAAAACAGAUUGCUCUUUGAAUAUGUUAAGUUGCAUGGUGAAGGCAGAUGGAGUUCUGUUGCUACUGUUGCAGGGUUGAAAAGGAAUGCAAAGAGUUGUAGGUUGAGAUGGGUGAAUUACUUAAGGCCAGACCUUAAAAAGGGACAAAUUACUUCUCAUGAAGAAAAACUCAUUCUAGAGCUCCAUGCUAGAUGGGGGAACAGGUGGGCAACUAUUGCGAAAAACUUGCCAGGGAGAACUGAUAAUGAGAUCAAGAACUAUUGGAGGACUCAUUUCAAGAAAAAGACCAAAACUUCGAACAACAAAUCUGAAAUAUCAAAGGCGCGUCUUCUGAAAAGACAACAAUUACAAGAACAACAACAACAGCAAUGUAACACAGACAAUGAUACGAAUAAGGUCGUAUCAUACAACAACAACAACAAGAACUAUUACGCCUCAAUCCUAAAUAAGUUAGGAAACAGGAUCGUGUCAUUACUUAAUGAAAAUGUGAAUAAAGUACCUACUUUGCCUCAAGGGAACCAAGAAAUGGAAAUUUCGUAUCCAAACACAGCUGAUCAAGAGCAAGAUGAUGACUUCUUUUAUUCCAUUCUCAAUGACUAUACUCCUGUGCCUGUGCUAGAAUCCUCAUCAAAUGAAGACAUCAUUUGGGAUGUCUUGUGGAAUUUGGAUGAUUUUCAGUGCAAUUUCAGCACUCCAACUUAUGAUACAAAUAUGGCUAUUCCUUUCAAUUGAUUUCUUAGUAAGUGUUUGUAUAA